CUCCAUAACUUAUAGGAGCUAACUUAGCUCGCCCAGCUAACACCAGCUUUAACUGUAUUGUGGAUAAAAGCUUGCUAGUAGCGGGCUAAUGUGCUAGCAUGAGAAGCUAACUGCUACAUAAACAGUUUUGACAUCUAACGGUGACCCGCAUAAGCAGAAUGACCGUUAAAUCACUGAGCGGGGGGCUAGCUGAGGUCAGAGGAGCAUAACCAGCUCGGCUUCUGAGCCAGCGACAUUCCUCUCAAGUGGAGAAGUCAAUGUGACCGUUAACUCAUAGUUUAAGUGUGCUAGUUUGUAAACUUCGCCAAAUUGUCGCCCUGUUCUUCUUAAAUUUCGUUCCAGCAGAGCCUCACAGGAGAAUGAAGUGCUGCGUACCGAGCAGCCCCCCGCCGCAGGAUAUUAUGGUGCUCAUUUCGGCUCACUCGCCCCCGUUAGCUGCCUCCUAAAGACAAUAAGUGGCGAAGAAACGGGGCCAGGUAUCCUGCAGCAGGUCCUGGACACGGCAAGGGCUUCGGUGGACAAAACGUGAGGAGACAGGCCAGCUGCCUUGAAUUUCCUGUCCCAACCAGCAGCCAUGGAGGAGGAGGUGGGCAUGGAGUAUUUGCUCGAGCAGGUGAUGCAGAAGGACCUGGGGAAGAGGCUCCAGGUGGGCCAGGAGAUCAUAGAGCUCAUCAUGGACGAGGAGAAGUCCCCUGAGCUCGAGCAGGACCAGACCAUGCUGGACAGGAUGGUGGACGCGGUGGCCAGCUCCUGGGUCAACUCCAGCAACUUCAAGGUGGUUUUGUUGGGGAUGGACAUCCUGUCUGCGCUGGUCAGCAGACUGCAGGAGAGGUUCAGGACGCAGGUUGGAACAGUUCUGCCGAGCCUCAUCGAUCGGCUAGGAGACUCAAAGGACCAAGUUCGAGACCAGGACCAAGCACUUCUGCUGAAGAUCAUGGACCAGGCUGCGAAUCCGCAGUAUGUGUGGGAGCGAAUGAUGGGAGGAUUCAAGCAUAAGAACAACAGGACCAGAGAAGGACUCUGCCUUUGUCUCAUCUCAACUCUCAAUGUGUUUGGAUCUCAGAGUCUGACGCUCAGUAAAAUCGUUCCUCACAUCUGUAACCUCCUUGGAGAUCCCACAAGUCAGGUGCGCGAUGGAGCCAUGAACUGCCUCGUGGAGAUCUACCGCCAUGUUGGAGAACGAGUGCGAAUGGACCUGGGAAAGAAGGGUCUGCCUCAGUCACGGCUGAACGUCAUCUUCAGUAAAUUUGACGAGGUUCAAAGAUCGGGGAACAUGGUCCUGUCUCCUGUGUCAGACAAAAACUUUGAGGACGAUGACUCGGUGGACGGCGGCCGCUCCUCCUCCUCGUCCAAAGGAGCCUCGUUGUCCGGGAGGAAGACAGUGAGCAUGGGCUCAUUUCGACGUCCCGCCUCCGCCUCCAGCACCAAGUCUGCAGGGAGGGACGGCUCUGGUGCUGGAGCUGUGGAUGAGGAGGACUUCAUCCAAGCCUUUGAGGAUGUUCCCACAGUGCAGAUCUACUCGAACAGGGAGGUGGAGGAGGCCAUGACGAAGAUUCGAGACGUGCUGUCAGAUGAUAAGAGGGACUGGGAGCUCAGAGUGGCCGCUCUGAAGAAGGUGCGUUCGCUGCUCCUGGCCGGCGCAGCAGAGUUCGAUGGGUUUCUGCAGCAGCUGCGGCUCAUGGAGGCGGCGUUCAAGCUGUCUGCCAAGGACCUCCGCUCUCAGGUGGUGAGAGAGGCCUGCAUCACUCUGGGCCACCUGUCGUCAGUGCUCGGCAGUCGCUUCGACCACGCGGCCGAGGCCACCAUGCCCAUUCUCCUCAACCUGGUCCCCAACAGUGCCAAAGUCAUGGCCACCUCCGGCGUGGCCGCCAUCCGCCUCAUCCUCAGACACACACACUACCCACGUCUCAUCCCCAUCAUCACCAGCAACUGCACCUCCAAAUCGGUGGCUGUCAGAAGGCGCUGCUUUGAGUUCCUGGAGCUGCUGCUGCAGGAGUGGCAGACGAGCUCUCUGGAGAGACAUAGCACAGUUUUAAUGGAGACGAUAAAGAAAGGGAUCCACGAUGCGGACGCCGAGGCUCGCUCUGUGGCCAGGAAGUGUUACUGGAGUUUCCAUGGUCACUUCCGGCGGGAGGCGGAGCAGCUGUUCCAGGGCCUGGAGUCGUCCUAUCAGAAAGCUCUGCAGGCUCACCUGAGGAGCGUAGACAGCCUGAUGUCGCUGCCCGCCUCGGAUCGCUCCUCCUCGUCCUCUCAGGAGAGCCUCAAUCGACCCUUGUCUGUAAAAAACACCUUUGGAAGUGGCUCAACAAGAUCUAAAGCUGUCCACAGCAGGACACCUGCCGCUGCUUCCUCUCCGGGCUCCCUCCAGCGUUCUCGCAGCGACGUGGACGUCAAUGCGGCGGCCACCGCCAGCGCCCGCACCAGGAUGCCCGCUGUCCCCUCUGCGGCAGCGGCGGCUGCUUCGCCCUUCAGCUCAGCGUCGGCCCUCCCCCCUGGAUCCUACGCUUCACUGGGUCGAGUACGAACCAGGAGGACGAGUUCAGGAAACGGUCCGACUGUGAGCGACAGCCGGGGACGAAGCCGAGGGAAAGUCGUCUCUCAGUCUCAACCUGGCAGCAGGUCAGGUUCCCCUGGACGACUGCUGAGCUCCACCUACGGCCGUAUCCCGAGGCCGGCCAUGGGCACCGCCGCCGCCGCUGCCGCCAACAACGCCUCUACCGGCCUUAGCGACAAGAGCCGAGCUCGAGGUCACCGCAGCCAGGGCUGCAGCCGAGAGACCAGCCCCACCAGAUCAGGCACAGCCCGCAGUCGAAUUCCCCGGCCGAGCAUGAGUCAGGGCUGCAGCCGCGAAACCAGUCGCGAGAGCAGCCGCGACACCAGCCCCGCCAGGGGUUUCUCCCCCCUGGACCGGCUAUCCCAUCAGGCUCGGAUCUCAGCCUCCGUCAACGCCAUGAGGAUCCUCAACACGGGCACCGAAGUCGAAGCCGCCGUCGCUGACGCUCUGCUCUUAGGAGACUCGAGGAGUAAGCGGAGGCCAGUGAGGCGGCGUUUCGAGUCUCCGGGGAUGUACUCUGAUGACGACGCCAACAGCGACGCCUCCAGCGCCUGCUCUGAGCGCUCAUACAGCUCGCGUAACGGCGGCGUGGCGCCACAUUACCUGCGUCAGACGGAGGACGUGGCCGAGGUGCUGAACCACUGCGCCAGCGCCAACUGGUCUGAGAGGAAGGAGGGACUGCUGGGACUGCAGAACCUGCUGAAGAGCCAGAGGAUGCUCAGUCGCGUGGAGCUGAAGAGGCUCUGCGAGAUCUUCACCAGGAUGUUCGCAGACCCUCACAGCAAGGUCUUCAGCAUGUUCCUGGAGACUCUGGUGGACUUCAUCACGCUGCACAGGGACGACCUGCAGGACUGGCUCUUCGUCCUGCUCACUCAGCUGCUGAAGAAGAUGGGGGCCGACCUGCUGGGCUCCGUCCAGGCCAAAGUCCAGAAGGCCCUGGACGUCACCAGAGAGUCCUUCCCAUAUGAGCAGCAGUUCAACAUCCUGAUGCGUUUCAUCGUCGAUCAGACGCAGACGCCCAACCUGAAGGUGAAGGUGGCCAUCCUGCGCUACAUCGAGGCGCUGGCACGCCAAAUGGACCCGGCCGACUUCGUCAACUCCAGCGAGACGCGCCUCGCAGUCUCUCGCAUCAUCACCUGGACCACCGAGCCCAAGAGCUCCGACGUCCGCAAGACCCUUCAUAACUGGGCAGGGGAGGAUUUCUCAGGCCGAGCCAGCACCGUGGCCUCUCUGCCUGGAGAGGGCAACCUGGAGGAGAGGUGCAAGCAGGCGGCCCAGGUGGUGCUAAUCGCCCUGUUUGAGCUGAACACACCAGAGUUCACCAUGCUGCUGGGUGCUCUGCCCAAAACCUUCCAGGACGGGACCACCAAGCUGCUGCACAACCACCUGAGGAACGCCAGCGCCAACAGUGGCAUCGGCAUGGCGUCUCCCAGCAACUCGGCAGGUCGGACGCCUCCACGCCAGCCCAGCAGCCGCAGCAGCCCGCUGACCUCCCCAACCAACUGCUCCCACGGGGGUCUUUCUCCCAGCAUGCUGGAGUACGACAGCGAAAACCUGAACUCAGAGGAGAUCUACAGCUCUCUGCGGGGCGUCACUGAGGCCAUCCAGAACUUCAGCUUCCGCAGCCAGGAGGACCUGAUGGAGCCGCUGAGACGGGACGGCAAGAGGGACAGCACGUGUGCAGUCGGGGCGUCCUCAGAGUCCGACCCGCGGCUUGGUGGUGACGUGGUGGGCGGCGGACGCACGGCUCUGGACAACAAGACGUCACUGCUGAACACGCCUUCGCCGCGCUCCUUUGCCGGCCCGCGCUUCAGAGACUACAACCCGUACAACUACACCGACGGCAUCAGCACGCUGGACAAAGCUGCCCUGAAGGAGGCGCUGUACGAGGACGCCGUGGAGCAGCUGCGAGACGGCGGCCGACAAGAAUGUGUAGAAAACAAGAUUGUGAGCGCCAAAAGCUUCCCAGCGAGCCCUGCGGAGCAGCUGGAGCUGGUCGGGGUGCUGCUGAAGGAGCUCUCCCACGGCCAGGCAGGGGAGCGGGGCCCCGAGGAGAGACGGGGGACCCUGCUGGAGCUGCUUAAAGUGGCCCGAGAGGACAGCCUGGUGGUGUGGGAGGAACACUUCAAGACCAUGUUGCUGCUGCUGCUCGAGACGCUGGGAGACAAAGACCACACGAUCCGGGCGCUGGCCCUGCGAGUCCUGAAGGAGAUCCUGAGGAACCAGCCGGCCCGCUUCAAGAACUACGCCGAGCUCACCAUCAUGAAGACGCUGGAGGCCCAUAAAGACUCGCACAAGGAGGUGGUGCGUGCGGCGGAGGAGGCGGCCUCCACGCUGGCGGGCUCCAUCCACCCGGAGCAGUGCAUCAAGGUCCUCUGUCCCAUCGUGCAGACGGCAGACUACCCCAUCAACCUGGCUGCCAUCAAGAUGCAGACGAGGGCCAUCGAACGCAUCGCCAAGGAGCCGCUCCAUCAGCUGCUGUCCGACAUCAUACCUGGACUCCUGCAGGGCUAUGACAACACAGAGAGCAGCGUGAGGAAGGCCAGCGUCUUCUGCCUCGUGGCCAUCUACUCUGUGAUCGGGGAGGAGCUGAAACCUUACCUGGCUCAGCUGACCGGCAGUAAGAUGAAGCUGCUCAAUCUCUACAUCAAGAGGGCCCAGACCUCCACCAGCAACAGCAGCAGCUCCUCCGACAUCUCCUCCUACUAACUCCAACCGCCUCCAUCAUGUCCGUAACUCAGACUCUAUUUCAUCCCCUCAGCCACAGACAGGAUCAUGAUUAUGUCCAGGUUCUCCGUAGGACCAGUUCACUCUGUCAGCUGCUGAUCCAGAAUCCAUCCUCUUAUCUUGAAAGCUCAUUUUUGGGAGGCUAGUGAUCCUGGCAGCUCAGACCAAGGCCCUCCAGCCGAACCGACAUCUUCCUCCUCCUCCUCCUCCUCCUCCUCCUCCUCUGGCUCACUAUUGCUGGAGUCAUGAGCCUUAAAACUUUAUCUUCCAUCGAUGUAUGAUGGAGCCAAGUGAUGGCAGAAAACAUUUUUUAGAGGCUGUGUGCCAGAAAGCGAGAUCUCCUCCUCGCUCCACAUUUCGCCGUCGACUGUACCUGACGUGAUCCGCAGAACAUUUCUGAAAGUCGAGACCUGAGGUGAGUUUUAUGGGAGAAGAAGAAGAAGAAGGUUUUGUGGUGUAACUUCCUUCCUCUCAGUACAGGAGGAAACCUGUGGUAUCAGUAUUUUUAUCCAUUUUUGCGACUUUUAAUCCACUAAGCUUUGUUUUUUUUUGCUUUGACACAUCAAACCUUAUUGUAAAUUGAAUGUAAAGCGCUUUGACAGGAUGUGGAUCUCUUCCGUGUUCCUCCCUCCUGAACCGCUGCCUCUUAAAGGCGUUUGAACAUGUGCAUUUGAUGAAUUUUGGGCCGUUAAAGAGUCUUUAAGAGGCUGAAUUCGGGGGUCCAUCUGCAGAUCGACGAGCUUUGAUUUGUAGCACAACGGCAGACGUCCAUCUUAGUUUACAUUGAAGGAUCAUUUGGCUGGCCAAUGAUUUGAAGCACUCCAGCAAUGAAAAACGUUUUAUUGUUUUGGGCCCAACUACCAGCAGAAGUGAUGAGUGUUGAUAUUUAAAAAAUCUUUGAUUUACUUUUAUUUGAGAACAAAUUAAUUUCACUUUUCCAGUUUUAAUUUAAGUGUCACAAUUUAUAGAUUUAAAAUCAUGAGAGCACUCACUCUGAUUUGAGACAAAUCAAACCAUGGGAAGACAGAAGUGAGUUUGUUUCUCUGUGAAGUUUGUUGGUUUUGCUGUCUGCUGUCUUACAGUCUUGGGAAUCCACAGGCUGUCAAGUCAAGACUACUGUGAUUUGUUGAGUUUCAUCCCAAACUAUGGAAAUGUAGAAGUCAUAUUACGCUUCACGUGUAAUGCAAAGGUCAACAUGGAGGUCCAAGUGUCACAGUGUUUGUUGGCAGUGAACUAAUAAUCCCUGCUUGAUUUCACAAACUGCUCGCAGCGUGAUGCUUUUGUUUUGGGACGAAACUCCUCCGUGUUCUUAAAUUGAAUGUAAGUCACUUUGAGACUUUUAAAAUGUGAACUGUUUUAUCAAAAGACAAAUGGGCCUGAAUGGGACUGAAGGACUGACAAUCUGAAGGCAGUGCUAAGCGACGAACCGUGAAGUGCCGGCGGUGCACAAUAAGUCUGAGAAGAGAGUUUUUGAUCUGUGGACAUUAGCAAUAAACUGAGAAAUCCAGCUCAGAUUGUCACGUUGAAGCACUGUAAGUUUCCGUUGUGUUCCUCCUUUGAGACGCUCUCGCUGGUCAGCGUUCAAAAGUGUCGUUUUUUUAAAGUAUAUUAUGAUAAAAUGUUACUGCUGCUUAUUAUAAUACUAACAAACACGCCUGAUAAUUCAGCGUAUGUGCUGUGUAGCUGCACACACAGAUUGUGAAAUCCUCUGGUUGGACUCCUGAAAGUCAUGUUAAAGCAGCUGUGCCACGUUUUGAGAAACUUUCUUGCUGAGAGUUAAAUGAGAAGAGCGAUACAGCAGUAAAUACUGAGCUGCUUGAGGCUCAUCAUCAUCAUCAUCAUCAUCAUCACACACACACACUCAGAUACUCUGAGAAACUCUGUGCCCUGUGAGAGUGCUGUCCAUCUGAACGUCUGAGCCUCAGCAGGAUCUUUUCUCAAAACACUGAACUGUGUCUUUAAUGUGACAGGAAGUGAGGGGCGAUCUCCAGGCCUUAUUCGACCUCGGCGGACGCAAAAGUCAUCCUGGUGCCCUGCUUUGGUCAGCUUUUCACUUUGGAUUGAAUGUUGAAGUCCUCUGCAACACGUCGUGCUGCGAGCCCGCGUUAGCCUAGCGACUGAAACUCACUUCCCUUUUACUUUGUAUUGUACCGUGUGACUUUAAACUACGACUUAGGAAGCUUUGUCCGCAUGCGAACCUCACAGCAAUCGUAGGAGAACAUUUUAGCUGCCAAAGCAGUUGAAAUCCAGUCUGAGAUUCCUGAUUGUGUGCCUUGCUGAAGGCCGUAUACCCGGCUGUCCUGUACAACACUAACACGUACUAACACCACAACACCCUGCUCCGUUAGGUGGGCUGAAACUGUGAGAAGAGAAAGUUUCUAUGAGGAGAUGCCGUGCUGUAAAUAAGCUUCCAGCCACUCACAGUGCAUGUGUUCGUUUGCCCUCCUGCUUCACAGUAUUUAUGUUUUGCUCCCUGUGUAUGACUGUACAUAUUUACAUGUUUGGUUCUCUUUCACCGGUCAUAGACUUUGCAGAACUUGAAAUAAACUAUCAGACUUCUA